AGUGCGGGGCGCGAGGUUGGGCAGCAGGACCACUGCAGCAGCCUGCAUCCUCCUGCUGAUGCUCUCCCAGUGCCUCCUACCAUAGUUCUCGUGGUUACCACCUCGUAAACGCAACCAUGAAAUAAGGUUGCUCGCUCCCUCCCACCUUCGCCGUGUUAUGAACUUAAAGUGUCAGUGGGUUUUUUUUAUUUUUCAUCGCUGUGAAUAAAGCGUCAUUAUGGCGGACAGUGAAGGCUCUUCGGAACAAGAUGAUGUAUCGUUCCUCCGUACGGAGGACAUGGUAUGCCUCUCCAGUACCGCCGUCGGUGACAGGGUGUGCUUGGCUGCUGAAGGCUUCGGUAACCGCACCUGCUUCCUGGAGAACAUUGCUGAUAAGAACAACCCUCCGGACCUAUGUCAGUGUGUGUUCGUAAUCGAGCAGGCUCUGUCCGUGCGUGCUUUGCAGGAGUUGGUCACUGCAGCCGCCAGUGAAGAGGAGAACCAGUCCGUUGGUAAAGGUACGGGCUCGGGCCACCGGACUCUCCUGUAUGGCAACGCUGUUCUCCUCAGACACAUGAACUCCAUGAUGCAAGCGACGAAGGAGGAUGACCAGAGUAUCGUCAACGCUUCGUUCCACGUCACUCACUGGUCUGUCAGUCCCUUUGGUACCGGCCUCUCUAGACUCAAGUUUGUAGCGUGUGUGUUCGGCGGUGAGGUGCUGCGUUUUUUCCACGGUGGUGAUGAAUGUCUCUCCAUACCAUCCACCUGGUCAGAUCAACCCGGACAGAACAUCGUGGUGUACGAGGGAGGGUCAGUCACGUCCCAGGCCAGGUCACUGUGGCGCCUGGAGCUGGCCAGGACCAAGUGGGCCGGAGGCUACAUCAACUGGUUCCACCCUAUGCGCAUUAGGCACAUCACUACUGGAAGAUACUUGGGAAUCAACGAACAGAACGAACUCGUCCUACUACACAGAGACGAUGCAACGAUGUCAGCAGCUACGUUCUACCUGAGGGAGGAGAAGGAGGACAACAAGGUGAUCCUGGAAGACAAGGACCUCGAAGUGAUUGGCACUCCACUCAUCAAAUAUGGAGACUCCACCGUCAUUGUCCAACACGUGGAGACUGGCUUCUAUCUCUCAUACAGGGCUUUCGAGAUCAAGAAGAAGGGUGUGGGAAAAGUGGAGGUGAAGCAAGGCACACUUCAUGAAGAAGGAAAGAUGGACGACGGUCUCGUCUUCUACAGGAGUCAAGAAGAAGAGUCUCGUACCGGCAGAGUCAUCCGCAAGUGUUCACACCUCUUCAAUACUUUCAUCAAGGGCCUGGAUCACAUCCAGACUUCCAGGAGACAUUCAACGCUCUUCAAAACUGUCAAUCUCAAAGAGAUGAUCAACUGCCUGGAGGACCUCAUCAACUACUUCGCCUACCCUGCUGAUGAUUUAGAACACAACGAGAGGCAGUUUUCACUGCGUGCUCUGAGGAACCGCCAGGACUUGUUCCAGGAGGAGGGUAUUCUUAACCUCAUCCUGGACGCUAUCGACAAGAUCACCGUCAUCACCCAGCAGGGAUACCUGGUGUCCCUCGCUGGAGAGGAGGCUGGCCUAGACUGGGAUAUUAUUUCAGGCUACCUGUACCAGCUGUUGGCUGCCGUCAUCAAGGGCAACCACACCAACUGCUCGCAGUUUGCCAACAGCCACCGCUUGAACUGGCUUUUCUCACGUCUGGGUUCAGCUGGUGAAGGUACUGGCAUGUUGGAUGUACUUCACUGUGUACUGGUCGACUCUCCCGAAGCUCUUAACGUCAUGAAGGAAGAACACAUUAAAGUCAUCAUCGCCUUGCUGGAGAAAUACGGUCGUGAUCCCAAGGUUCUGGACGUGUUACGCUCGCUGUGUGUGGGCAAUGGUACGGCUGUCCGCUCCUCACAGAACAACAUCUGUGACUACCUCCUGCCAGGACGCAACCUCCUCCUCCAGACCCAGCUUGUAGACCACGUGUCCAGCGCGCGCCCCAACAUCUUCGUGGGCUUCGUGGAAGGUUCUGCCAUCUACCAGAAGUGGUACUUCGAAGUGACGCUGGACCACAUCGAACAGACAUCGCACCUGCCGCCGCACCUGCGUCUGGGGUGGGCCAACACCAAGGGUUACGUCAGCUACCCUGGGGGAGGCGAGAAGUGGGGUGGUAACGGCGUGGGAGAUGACCUCUACUCUUACGGCUUUGAUGGCUCUUACUUGUGGACUGGCGGCAGAUACACCCUCGUCAACCCUAUUGAUUCUGUGCCGUUGAUCAAGAAGGGAGACGUGAUCGGCUGCGCCCUCGACCUGACCGUUCCCAUCAUUACCUUCUACCUUAACGGUCGUCAGGUGAACGGCGCCUUCACUGGCUUUAACCUGGACGGCAUGUUCUUCCCCGUGGUGUCAGCCUCCGCUAAGCUCAGUGCGAGGUUCCUGCUUGGUGGGGAACACGGCCGCCUGAAGUAUCCUCCACCAGAUGCCCACUCUCCCGUGUCCGAGUGUCUACUGCCCUUCCAGACACUGACCAUCGACCCAUGCUUCUAUUUUGGUGAGCAGCACAAGGGGACACUGGCCGGCCCUCUGCUCAUCCAGGAUGACUUGGUGUUUGUUCCCAAGCCCGUGGACACCUCUGCUAUCCAGCUGCCUGGGUACAUCGAGCAAGUACGAGACAAGCUGGCUGAGAACAUCCACGAGAUGUGGGCCAUGAACAAGAUCGAACAAGGCUGGACGUACAGUGAACGUCGUGACGACCUGCGCCUCCAUCACCCCUGCCUCACCUCCUUCGAGAAACUCCCACCUAGCGAGAAGCGCUACGACGCUACACUGGCUCUUCAGACACUCAAGACAGUGCUGGCGCUGGGUUAUCACAUCACUAUGGACAAGCCUCCCAGUCGAAUCCGCUCCGUCAGGCUGCCCAACGAUCCCUUCCUUCAGUCCAACGGUUACAAGCCCCAGCCUCUCGACCUCUCCCAGGUGAGCCUGACGUCCAAGUUGGAGGAGCUGGUGGACCAGUUAGCUGAGAACACUCACAACAUCUGGGCCCGAGAGCGCAUCCUACAAGGCUGGACCUACGGCCUGAACGAGGACCCAGACAUGCAUCGUUCACCUCACCUAGUGAGCUACAGCAAUGUUGAUGAAGCCAUCAAGAAGGCCAACAGAGACACAGCUUCGGAAACCAUACGAACUCUCCUCGUGUACGGCUACAUCCUUGAAGCUCCCACGGGGGAUCAAGCUGAAGCUGCAGCAACUGUGGUAGUGAGCACCAAGCGUGGAGCCUCGCACCGCACGUACCGUCUGGAGAACACCAACGCUGUCUCCUCCGGCAAGUGGUACUUCGAGAUGGAGGUGUUGACCUCAGGCCCCAUGCGUGUGGGCUGGAUAGAGACCAGCUCUCCCCCGGGCACUGAGCUCGGCUGUGAUGACAAGUCUUGGGCUUUUGACGGAUUUCGUGAAGAGAAGUGUCACGGGGGCGGUUUGGAAAGCUACGGUCACAAGUGGCAAGUUGGAGACGUGGUAGGCGUGUGCCUUGAUAUUUUCGACAGAACCAUCAGUUUCUCCCUUAACGGAGAACUGAUGAUGGACGCCAGUGGGUCCGAGACAGCCUUCAGCGACGUCCAGGGCGACGCCUUCGUCCCCGCCUGCAGUCUGGGCAUCGGACAGAAGGCUCACCUUGUCUUCGGUCAAGACAUCAACCACCUCAAGUUCUUUACCACUUACGGUCUUCAGGAGGGAUAUGAGCCAUUCUGUGUGAAUAUGGAGCGACCAGUGACCUUCUGGUACACGAAGGACCAGCCCAUCUUCGAAAACAAUGAAGACUUACCCGACUCAACCAUUGACGUGACACGCAUCCCAGCAGGCUCGGAGACGCCUCCCUGUCUCAAGAUCGCCUCCAAGAUGUUUGAGCAAUGCGAGAAAGCCAACUGGGAGUUCCUGAGGGUGUCGCUGCCUGUGGUCUGUGAUCAGGUCUUCAUAGAUGAGGAGGAAAAGGCAGCUCGCUGGCAGGAAGUGAGAAACCGUCAACACAGGAUCCAGCACGGGGACGUGCAACCCUCCAUAGCCUUCCAGAGCUCCCUUGUUGACACAGGCUUCUCACUCUCUGAUAUCAAAGAGCUUCACUACAGCAAUGAGGAAGGUGUUGAAGCUGACGAAAACCUGGCUAGGAAGAGCGCCCCGGCAGACAAGCCUUCCACUGACCCUGGUACAAUGUCUACAGAGGUGACAGGGGAGACACAGGAGGCCACGCCGGAACCUGCGGAAAGAAAAAAGCGUGGCAAGUCACCAUUCAGGUUCUUCAGUAAGAAGCGUGAGGCGAGUGCUGACCGGGGCAGGAGCAGCAAGGGUCGUACACCAGAACCCUCAGGCAACACACUGGAGGUUCCUCGACCUGCGAGGAAGAACCGCUCUCCCUCCGUCAGGCUCACGCAGGGCAUGGAUGCCAAGCUUGUACCUCCAGCCAUCCCUGAGAGACAGGGAGCCACGGAGGAGCUACGGGAGGAGGAGCUGUUUGAUCCUGAGUGCCUCAAGUUGAUGAACGAGUACUUCUACGGAGUCAGGAUCUUCCCAGGUCAGGACCCUGCCCACGUCUACAUCGGCUGGGUGACCACACAGUACCACAUCCACGACACCGCCUUCGACCAGAGUAAGGUCCGCUCCGUCAUCGUUCAGGAAUACACUGAGGACGGACACAUCCAGAACGCCGUGGAGCGUCACAGUUGCUACAUGUUCCGUGCUGACGAGCUUCACGCUGAGGUGUCAUCUGACACCGGCGGGAAGAGCGCCUCGCAAGGCAUGUUCAUCGGUUGCUUCAUCGACACCUCCACCGGCUUCAUCACGCUGCAGUGUGACGGCAAGGACACCCGACACAAGUACCGCAUGGAGCCAGGCACCAAGCUCUUCCCAGGGGUCUUCCUCGAGCCGACCAGCAAGGAGGUGCUGCAGAUCGAGCUGGGACGCACCCCCAACACGCUGCCUCUCAGUGCUGCUGUGCUCCAGAACAGUGACAAGCAUGUUGUGCCUCAGAUGCCUCCGCGUCUUAAAGUACAGAUACUUAAGCCUUUCCAGUGGUCCAGGGUGCCAAAUACAUCACUCAAGAUUCACGCUCUCAAACUCUCCGACAUCCGCGGGUGGUCUAUGCUGGCCGAAGACCCAGUGCCGAUGCUCGCCCUCCACAUCCCGGAGGAGGACCGAUGCAUCGACAUCCUCGAACUGAUCGAAUACGACAAGCUGCUCAGCUUCCACGCGCAGACGCUAGCACUCUACUGCGCGGUGUGCUACCAGAGCAACUAUCGCGCAGCGCACACCCUGUGUAAUCACGUGGACCAGAAGCAGCUGCUUUACGCUAUGCAGAACGAGUAUAUGUCUGGACCUCUCAGAAUGGGCUUCUAUAAUCUCCUGAUAUCGUUGCAUCUGGAGAGCUUCGCUAAUACUAUGGAGGUGACCCACAAUGAGUUCAUCGUGCCCCUGAGUAACGAGCUGAAGGAAAUCUAUAGUGAGGAAGGCAUGGGUAACUCCAUGUCUGCCACACACACUGAGUCUAUCCGGCCCAUCAUGACUAUGUCAGACAUCAGCCAGCUGGGCAACUCGGAGACACAACCCAUGCUUUCCACUUACUUGUCUGCCGGUGUUCACGUCGUCAACAACAGCACCAACAUCGAGACCAUCAAGGGACUCUCCUCUCCGUACUUCCCACUCGACGUGGCCAGAGAAUUCGUCAUGAACGCCCUCUCAGAUGCUGUUAAGACCAACCAGAUCCACAACAGAGAUCCAAUAGGAGGAUCCAACGAAAAUCUCUUUGUUCCACUACUGAAGCUGGUGGACAAGUUGCUGCUGGUGGGCAUCUUGCAAGACGAUGACAUCAAGCGACUCCUUAUCAUGAUCGACCCACAGACGUGGGACCCUGACUUCGAGCCCGAGGGCAAAGACGAGAACAGAAAGGGGAUCCUACAGAUGGAGAUAGCAGAAGGCGUGAAGCUCCAGCUGUGCUACGUCCUACACCACCUGCUGGACCUGCAGAAGAGACACCGUGUGGAGAGCCUCAUCGCCUUCUCUCACGACUACGUGGGCGAGAUUCAACAAGAUCAACUGAGGCGAUACAUUGAGAUCAAGCAGUCAGAUUUACCAUCUUCUGUGGCUGCUAGGAAGACUAGGGAGUUCCGUUGUCCACCCAGAGAGCAGAUGAAUGCCAUCUUGGGCUUCAAGAACCUUAGUGAUGAGGAACUGGAAGAGACGCCCUGUGGGGAAGAUCUGAGGAAGGAGCUACAGGACUAUCAUGAGAAACUCAUGGAGAAGACCAAGAUACCUGGAAGACGGGAAGAGACAGUAGACACUGAGGAGGCUCCGGCAGUCAACUCCAAGGGUGUGAUGUCCAAGUUCCUGGGAAUCAUUGGCGGAGCCAAGGAGGAGGUAGAGGAGGAAGUGGAACCAGAACCUGAGGUGCUGGAUUCUGCUGAUAAAUUCAAGAAGGUCCUUGUAGACACUAUCGUCCGCUGGGCUUCAGAGUCAUUUAUUGAAACUCCAGUUCUUAUCAGAGAGAUGUUCAGUCUAUUGCUGCGCCAGUACAACAGUAUCGGUGAGAUGAUGGCAGCCUUGGAGAAGACCUACGUGAUCAGUAGCAACACCAAGAAGGACGUGGAGACAUUGUGGCUGUGUCUAAGCAAGGUGCGAGCACUGCUUCCUGUCCAGAUGUCGCAGGAGGAGGAGGCUCUUAUGAGGGAGUUGCUCUGGACUCUGGUGAACAACCAUAUCUUCUUCCAGCACCCAGACCUCAUCAGGAUCCUGUGUGUUCACGAGAACGUGAUGGCUGUGAUGAUGAACACACUGGGGCGACGAGCACAAGCUGUUAGUGAAACCCAGCCUGUGGAGGGUGAGGUGACCCAAGCCAAGGAGAAGGACACGUCGCACGAGAUGGUGGUGGCGUGCUGCAAGUUCCUGUGCUACUUCUGUCGCACGGGAGGCCAGAACCAGAAGGCUAUGUUCGACCACCUGCCCUUCCUGCUGGAGAACUCUUACAUCCUGCUCUCCCGGCCCUCCCUCAGAGGCACGACCCCGCUCGACGUCGCCUACUCCUCCCUCAUGGACAACACUGAGCUGGCUCUGGCUCUCAGAGAACACCACUUAGAAAAGAUUGCUGUGUACCUUUCAAGAUGUGGACUUCAGAGCAACAGUGACCUGGUGGAGCGAGGCUACCCAGACCUGGGCUGGGACCCAGUAGAGGGAGAGCGUUACCUCGACUUCCUCAGGUUCUGCGUGUGGGUUGGAGGUGAGAGUGUGGAGGAGAACGCCAAUCUGGUGAUCCGUCUUCUGAUCCGCAAGCCUGAGUGCCUGGGACCUGCGCUGCGAGGCGAAGGAGAGGGCCUCCUGCGUGCCAUCAUCGAUGCUAACAAGAUGUCAGAGCGCAUUGCUGCGCAGCGUCUCGGCGCAGAGGCCGAAGGCGCAGUGCCUAUCGACCACCCCAUGCCUGCUGGAGACGAUGACGAAGAUUACAUAGACACAGGGGCAGCCAUUCUGGCCUUCUACUGCACGCUGGUUGACCUGAUGGGUCGCUGCGCACCUGAGACCAACGUCAUCGCUCAGGGCAAGAACGACAGCCUGCGAGCCAGGGCCAUCCUGCGCUCCCUGGUACCUCUGGAAGACCUGCAGGGUGUGUUGUCAUUGAGGUUCACACUGUCGACGACAGCAGCUGAGGAAGGCCGCAGCGACAUCCCUCCCGGCCUCAUCCCAGCGCACAAACAGAGCAUUGUGCUCUUCCUAGAGCGCGUCUACGGCAUGGAUAAUGUAGAGCUCUUCUUCAACCUCCUGGAGAGCGCCUUCCUUCCAGACCUCCGCGCUGCCACCUCGCUGGACAAGUCAGACGGGUCAGAGUCAGAGAUGGGUCUGGCUCUCAACCGUUAUAUCGGUAACUCCAUCCUGCCAGCUCUCAUCUCUCAUUCCAGCUUCUACGCUGAAGCUGACGCACAUGCGCCCCUCCUCGACGCUACUCUCCACACUGUCUACCGUCUCUCCAAGUGCAAGAUCCUGACGAAAGGUCAGCGCGAGGCGGUGUCAGACUUCCUGGUGGCGCUGACGAGAGAGAUGCAGCCGGCCAUGUUGCUGCCUCUACUGCGUAAACUUACUAUCGACGUUUCUAAACUCUCCGAGUAUACCACUGUUGCUCUCAGGCUGCUGACGCUGCACUACGAGCGUUGUGGUAAGUAUUACGCGUCGUCUAACACUCCAGGCACAGCCUCCGAGGAGGAGAAGAGACUCACCAUGAUGCUCUUCACCAACAUCUUCGACUCCCUCGCCAAGAUGGAGUACGACCCUGAGCUCUUCAGUAAGGCUCUACCCUGCCUGUCAGCUAUCGGGUGUUCCCUACCACCAGACUAUUCCCUCACUCACGGUCAUGAGGAUGAACUCUACAAUACUUCCUCCUGUGCUGAGGGCCCCUACAUGCCCACACCCAUCGAUACUACAGAUGUACAGCUGGACCAAGACAUCCAGGACCUCAUCAAGAAGUUCAGUGAGCAUUAUCACGAUGCCUGGGCCUCACGCAAGUUGGAGAGUGGCUGGAGUUACGGUGACACUUACUCCAUUGAAGAGAAGCUCCAUCCUAGACUAAAGCCUUUCAACAUGCUCUCAGACUAUGAGCGGGAGCGCUACCGAGAGCCAGUGAGAGACGCCAUCAAGGCUCUACUUGCCAUCAAUUGGAAUAUCGAGUACGAGAGCACUGAGGGAGCCAGCACGGGAGGUCGCGAACAACUGCAUCGUCAAGAUACUUCUGACCUGUACAACUACAACCCUCAACCCGUGGAUAUGACCAACCUGACACUCUCGAGGGAGAUGCAGAACAUGGCAGAGCGCCUGGCCGAGAACGCUCACGACAUCUGGGCCAAGCGAAAGAAGGAGGAGUUCGAAGCUUGUGGCAGCGGCAUCCACCCGCAGAUGGUGCCCUACGACAUGCUGACCGAGAAAGAGAAGCGAAAGGAUCGCUUCCGCUCUAUUGAACUGCUGAAGUACCUGCAGUUUAUGGGGUACCGUCUGACCAGGGCUCACGGUGACGAGGAUGAUGGUGGAGCUGCCUCUGGUGCCGUGGAACGCAGAUUCGCCUACAGUUUACUGGAGAAACUCCUGCAGUACCUCGAUUGCGCCGCCAUCAACAUGAAGCUGUUCAGACCCUCGUCCAACCUCUCGCGACGCAAUUCCUUCAAGACCUCCACGAAAGACGUCAAGUUCUUCUCCAAAGUUGUCCUCCCGCUUAUGGAGAAAUAUUUCAGCACUAAUCGCAACUACUUCCUGGCGGUGGCUCUGACGACCAACAUGGUGGGAGCGGCGUCCCUCAAGGAGAAGGAGAUGGUCGCCUCUCUCUUCUGCAAACUUUCCAACCUCAUGCGCAUUAAGAGCGUCUGCUUCGGCUCCGAUACUAAGGUAACAGUAAAAUGUCUGCAGGUGAUCGUGAGAGCAAUUGAUGCUAAGACACUGGCUAAGAGUUUGCCGGAGUUUGUGCGCACCUCCAUGUUGACCUUCUUCAACAACUCUGCCAUCGACCUGGAGCACUGCAUCCACUGCCUGCAGGAGGGUAAAUACGCUUACAUCAGAGGUACACAUCUCAAGACAUCUGCUUCCCUCAACUACAUUCAGACGGUGCUGCUACCGGUGCUCACUUCUCUCUUCGAUCAUACCGCCGCCUGCGAGUACGGCCAAGACUUGCUCUUGGACGAGAUUCAGGUUGCGUGCUACAAGAUCCUGGCGGCGCUGUACCAGCUGGGCACCGAUCUCACUCUGGACGGUAGCAAGACCUUCAUGAAAAAGGAACUAGACCGCCACAGACCUUCAAUUGGCAACUGCCUGGGAGCUUUCGCCGCUACCUUCCCUGUGGCAUACCUGGAGCCCAUGAUGAACAAAAAUAACCCCUGGAGCAUACAUAACCGCAUCGCUGACCAGUCCCUCGAGGCCCAAGAGAUCAUCGUCAAAAUGGAGACGGCGAUGCCCACACUGGAGACCGUGUUGAAGCAAGUGGAGAAGUUUGUUGACGAGGAGUCCAAGCACACAGACCAGCCGCACAUCAUAGACGUGCUGCUGCCCAUGCUGUGCUCUUACCUUCCUUUCUGGUGGAACCAAGGCCCUGACAACGUCAACCCAUCUGAGGGGAACCACGUGUCGAUGGUCACCAGCGAACACAUGAACCAGCUGCUGCGACUGGUGCUGAGGUUGAUCAUGUACAACGUGGGAGUGGAGAACGCACCCUGGAUGACCCGCAUCGCUGGCUACACCCAGCAGAUCAUCAUCAACUCCAGCGAAGAGCUCCUCAGAGACUCUUACCUGCCCUUGGCUGACCGUGUCCACAAGCGCACUGAGUACAUGUUCAACAAGGAAGAAAACCUCAGGAGCUUCCUUAAGUCAACCACUGAGGAUACUAGCCAGGUGGAGGGUCAGCUGCAGGAGGAGUGGCAGCUGCUGACGCGAGAUAUAUACGCCUUCUAUCCCUUGCUCAUCAAGUACGUGGACCAGCAGAGGAACUACUGGCUCAAGAAUGAUGUCCCAGAGGCCGAGGAUGUCUACAACCGCGUAGCUCAGAUCUUCCACAUCUGGUCCAACUCACAGUACUUCCGUCGAGAAGAGACCAACUUCAUCAGCCAGAACGAGAUCGACAACAUGACGCUGAUUAUGCCUUCAGCAUCGAGCCGUAACCGCGUUACUACAGCUCCUGACGCCGCAGGAGGCGGCAAAGUUAAGAAGAAGAAGAAGCGAACAGGCGGCAAGAAGGCGAGCAAAGAGAAGGAGCUCGCAUCAUCCCUCAUGGUUGCCUGUCUCAAGCGGCUGCUGCCCGUCGGCCUCAACCUAUUCGCUGGCAGGCAACAAGAACUAGUGCAGCACUGCAAAGAAAAAUUCCUCGCGAAAGUUUCAGAGUUAGAGAUCCGAGACUUCGCCAAGACCCAGUUGACGUUGCCGGAUAACUUCGACCCGUCCGAUGCCAUGAACUGGCAGCACACACUGUACUCUCGCCUCGGUGGCGGCCGACAACCUCGAGAGGACGAAGACGACAAGAAGCUGGUUCCGACCGUCGACGAUACCGUCUACCGCAUCGUGGCUAUGGCUAAAGUGCUCUACGGUCUACACAUCAUUGAUCACCCGCAGACCUCCAAGGAGGUGUGGCGUUCCGUUGUAUCUAUCCAGCGGAAGCGUGCUGUCAUCGCCUGCUUCAGACAGACUUCCCUCCACAUGAUGCCAAGCUACCAACUAACAGCUGGUGCUGGCGGCCUACAGGCCUGCACUCCCCCCGCCUCCCGCUCGGGUUGGAGGAAGCUGCUGUCUUUUGCCCGCAAGCGAGCCGCCAUCGCCUGUCUGCGCUCCGUUCCCUUCUAUAACAUCCGAAGGCAUCGCGCUGUUAAUCUUUUCCUGCGGACGUACCGAGAGUACUGGCUGGCUGACGAGAAUGUUGGACAGGAGGUCGUCAUUGAGGACUUGACGCAAUCCUUCGAGGAGGCUGAGAGUAAGAAGAAGGAAGCUGAGGAGGACGAGGGCAAGCCAGAUCAACUUACUCAGCUGGUAACCACGUUCAGUCAUAAGGCAACCACGGAACACACUGGUGUUCUGGCUGAGGACCCCCUCUACAUGUCUUAUGCUGAGAUUAUGGCCAAGUCCUGCGGAGAAGAGGAGGAGGAAGGAGAAGAUGAAGGAGGAGAAGAAGAAGGAGGCAACGAGGACCCAGCUGCCACUCUUAAUGAACAAGAACUGGAGAAGCAGAAGUUACUGUUCCACCAGGCUCGUCUCUCCAACCGUGGUGUAGCAGAGAUGGUGUUGCUGCAUGUGUCAGCCAGCCGGGGCCAGCCAGGAGACAUGGUCAUGACCACACUCAAGCUGGGCAUCGCUAUCCUCAGAGGUGGCAACGUCGACUGUCAGGCAACUAUGCUGAGUUACCUCAAGGAGAAGAAGGACGCUUCCUUCUUCCUCUCCAUCGCCGGCCUCAUGAACUCCUGCUCGGUGCUGGAUCUAGACGCCUUCGAGCGCAACACCAAGGCCGAGGGGCUAGGCGUGGGCGCAGACGGCUGCGCAGGCGAGAAGAACAUGCACGACGCGGAGUUCACUUGCGCUCUCUUCCGCUUCAUCCAACUCACCUGUGAAGGCCACAACUUGGACUGGCAGAACUACUUGAGAACUCAAGCUGGCAACACCACUACUGUGAAUGUAAUCAACUGCACUGUGGACUACCUUCUGCGUCUUCAGGAGUCCAUCAUGGACUUCUACUGGCACUACUCCUCCAAGGAGAUCAUCGACCCAGCCGGCAAGGCUAACUUCUUCAAGGCUAUUGGCGUCGCCAGUCAGGUGUUCAACACGUUGACUGAGGUGAUACAAGGUCCAUGUGUUGGCAACCAACAGACACUUGCUCACUCCCGUCUGUGGGACGCCGUCGGUGGCUUCCUCUUCCUCUUCGCUCACAUGCAGGAUAAGCUCAGUAAACACUCCUCGCAGGUCGACCUACUCAAGGAACUCUUGAACCUGCAGAAAGAUAUGGUCAUCAUGAUGCUCUCUAUGCUGGAGGGUAACGUGGUGAACGGAACCAUUGGUAAGCAGAUGGUGGAUACGCUGGUAGAGAGUGCUUCUAACGUAGAGCUGAUUCUGAGGUACUUCGAUAUGUUCCUCAAACUGAGGGAUCUCACCAGCUCCACUACCUUCCAGGUUUGUACCCACCUCCCACUGCUCACUCACCACGCUGCCCACUACCAAGCUUAUUAUCACCCUGAGGAGAUCAACUUCUUGCUGAUGUGUUGUGACUGCAACCAUGAUGGAAAGAUUGAUUAUGUGGAAUUCACUGAACGCUUCCACAACCCAGCCAAAGAGAUCGGCUUCAACUUGGCGGUGCUGCUCACCAACCUGUCAGAACACAUGCCCAACGAUCCACGACUUGCUAGGUUCCUGGAGACUGCUGGCUCCGUUCUCAACUACUUCGAACCGCUACUCGGACGCAUCGAAAUCAUGGGCAGCUCCAAGCGAAUUGAACGAGUGUACUUCGAGAUCAAGGAAGAGAACAUCGACCAGUGGGAGAAGCCUCAGAUUAAGGAGUCGAAGCGAGGUUUCUUCUACGCUAUCGUGACAGAGGGAGACAAAGAAAAGCUAGAAGCUUUCGUCAACUUCUGCGAGGAUGCCAUUUUUGAGAUGCAACACGCUGCGGCCCUGAUGGAGGAGGAGGACGACGCUCUGGCCAAGAAGAAUGACGCUGAUGCUCUCAAGUAUCUCAGUGAAGACGAGGAGGAAAAGACUGGCAUGGACUUAAUCAAGGCGAAGAUUGGUGGCGUAAAGAAUCAUCUUAUGGAGACCAUGUCUGUAUUAGCGCCGUCGAACGUCAAGAAAAAGAUUAAGGAGAUCAAACAAAUGACUCCUGCUGAAUUGGCCGUUGGUUUCUGUCGUCUGCUCUUCCUGAUAAUGUAUCACAGUGUCUUCGGUGUCUUCUACUUGUCUCGAAAAGUUUGGAACGCCAUAAUGAGACUGAUGCAGGGACCACCGGUUGAGCAGGUUGGAACUCUCUUUAAAAAUAACGCAGCUUAUAUGCUAUACAUUUUUCUCAGAGCCACUUUGUUUCUUGUACUCUCUCUGGAGGCCAAGCCUGAGGACCUCUUGGAGGAGAAGAUGAAGCCCGUGUUGGACGCUCUGGCUGAACUCAAGGAGGACAUCACACCAGAGCAAGCCUUGGCGGCUGUCAAGUUUGAUGGGGACGCCAGCGCGGUGCAUUACCAAGCAGCGGAGAAGAAACAAGUGGAGGCAGCCCAGCAGGACGCCAUGCAAGAAGCUGAGGGUCAGCCUUCAGCAGCAGCUGCUGAACCUCCUCCAGUAGCACAGGUGGACCUGAGCAGCUACAACAAAAGAGCCGUCAGCUUCUUGGCCAGAAACUUUUACAACCUGAAGUAUGCAGCACUUGUCCUCGCCUUCUGUAUUAACUUUAUCUUGCUCUUCUUCAAGGCGUCUGCCCUGGCUGGCGACGAGGAGGAAGAGGAGGUGGCGCCGGUGAACAAUCCAUUCGCCUUUGGUUCCGGUGACCUGCUAGGCUCCGGCGACGCUGCUAUACUGGGUGAUGACGAUACUGAUGACGAACUGGGCUCUGGCAACUUUACGUUAGGUGAAGACAGCGAUGACGAAGAUGACGAGGAGGUUGAAGAAUGGAUCCACAUGGAUGACCGAUACUUCUACUUGGAACACAUCCUCCGCCUGCUAACUGUCACCCACAGUAUCGUUGCUCUCUGCAUGCUGCUGGCCUACUACCACCUCAAGAUACCCCUGGUAAUCUUCAAGCGUGAGAAAGACGUAGCUCGGCGCCUGGAGUUCGAAGGUAUAUACGUCGCUGAACAACCCGAGGACGACGAUAUUAAGGGUCACUGGGACAAGCUGGUCAUCUCUGCCAAGAGUUUCCCCAACAAUUACUGGGACAAAUUCGUCAAGAAGAAGGUGAGGCAAAAGUAUAGUGAAACUUACGACUUCGAUGCUAUCUCCAACCUGUUGGGCAUGGAGACUACCAUGAGCUUCAAGCAGGAGGAAACUUCCACUGGUAUCAUUGGCUACAUUAUGUCUGUAGACUGGAGGUAUCAAGUAUGGAAGGCUGGAGUCACCAUUACUGACAAUCAAUUCCUGUACAACCUGUGGUACCUGACCUUCUCCAUGCUUGGUAACAUCAACUACUUCUUCUUCGCUGCUCACCUGCUGGACGUGGCCGUCUCUAUCCCUUCACUCAAGACGAUCCUUCAGUCCGUCACUCACAACGGCAAGCAGCUGAUCUUGACUUGCAUGUUGCUGACCAUCAUAGUCUACUGCUACACUGUCAUCGCCUUCAACUUCUUCAGGAAGUUCUAUAUCUCGGAGGAAGAUGAUGUCGUCGAUCAGAAGUGUCACGACAUGCUCACGUGUUUCGUGUUCCACCUGUACAAAGGUGUCCGGGCUGGUGGCGGCAUCGGUGACGAGAUAGAAGCUCCAGACGGUGAUGAAUAUGAACUCUACCGUAUCAUCUUCGACAUCACCUUCUUCUUCUUCAUCAUUGUCAUCCUCUUGGCUAUCAUUCAGGGUCUUAUCAUCGAUGCCUUUGGUGAGCUGAGAGAUCAGUUGGAGUCAGUGAAGGAGAACCUGGAGAGCAAUUGCUUCAUCUGUGGUAUAGGCAGUGACUACUUCGAUGCUGUUCCGCAUGGCUUCGAUAUGCACGUCCUCAAGGAACAUAAUUUAGCUAACUACAUGUAAGUUUAUUGCACUUGUUAAGGUUU